GAUAUAGAGACAGACUGCCGGACACGCAACAUACUCUGCUCUCUUGACCAAGUAUGCACCAUGCAAGUGCUGGCCUUCCUGGUCUCGUUCACCGGACUAGCGACCAUCGCGGUGAUUCUGCGCUUGUGGACUCGGCAGCGUCUGCGGAGUGCGGGGUGGGAUGAUCUGCUGAUUGUGGUGGCUUUGGCAAGUAUAAGUGUGGAAUGCAGCUCAAGUGCUGUAUACUUCCUUCAGGAGAACAAUCACUGACUGACCACUACCUACUACAGGCCGCCAACCUUGUCCUCUUCUCCUGCAGAGUCGUAGAAAUCCAACACGGCCUCGGCCACCCCAGCGAAACCCUCCCCGCCUCCGCCCUUCAAACCCAACUCAAAGCACAAUACCUCUCCCUACCCUUCUACCACCUCACCCUCCUAACCAGCAAACUCUCCGCCCUGGCCCUGUACACGCGGCUCUUCCGACUCCGCCGCGUCCUCCUCGCAAGCUACAGCCUUGCCGCCCUCAUGUGCGCAGCAGGGACAUGGAUGGUCCUCAGCGCCAUCCUCUUCUGCCUGCCCGUGCGCGACUUCUGGACCUGGUCAAACACCACCCCUCCGCCUCGAUGCCUGCCGAAAAACGCGGUGUGGCUGAGCAACGGCGCCGUCCAGAUCGCGACGCACGUGGUCGUGCUGGCCAUCCCGCUGGUCGUGGUCCCGACGCUGACGCUGCGGCGCAGGGUGAAGGCGGGGUUGUUCCUGCUGUUCGGAUUGGGGUUGGUGUAUGCUUCCGUUCCCCUUUCCCUUGCGUUUGCGUUUUCUUGAUGUGGACAUGGUUACGUACCUUGGGGAAGUGCUGAUUGGAAACUGCUGCAGGGUGGUCAUGAUCAGCAUCGCCCAGCUUCUCACCGUGAUUGAGAUCUUGACGCGAGGCCGGGGGGAUUUAUCGCACAAAUCCCGCACCACCGCCCUCCUCGCCAGCGCCGAGGCCAGCGCCUCC